GGGCCCCGUAUUAUAAAACUUUUGACUUACCAUAAUAGUAACUCCCCGAGAUACUAUUAUGGUAGUUACCAUCAAUGGUAACUACCAUCGGAGCUUAAUAUCCGUUGCAUAAAACCGAUAUUAACUAAUAUAAGAAAAACCCGCGAAUGGUCUUCUUGGACGAGCCAGAAAUUUAAGCGCAUGCGCAAUACCCGUCGUCUGCUAGAUAUAGCCACUGAGAUAAACACCGAAGACGGCUGCUGCUAAUCUACAAUUAUCGUCAAUCGAAAUGGUGAAACGCAGGCCGAACUUGACAGGUCGGGAUGUCCGCUGCCUGGCAGACUACGUAAAAAAGAACCGCCAAGCUUUGUUCGGCAAAGCGGGGAACUGUGUGGAAAAGAUCAAAAAACGAAAAGAGGAUGCAUGGGCCCUAGGGCUCGUAUCGCUAGAGGCCCAGGGACUCCAACCAGGUAGAACAGUAAAGGACUUGCGUCUUACCUGGAACGAAAUGGCGGCAAAGGCUCGAAAGUACAGGGACUCAAAGAACAAGACAGGAGGUGGACCACCAGUGGAAUAUAAUGAGAAGCACGAGGCAGUACUGGAGGCAAUGGUGGAGGAGAGUGUGGAGGGCAUUCUGGGGCCAGAAGAGGAGGCUGGAUACCUAGCUCUCCCUUCGAGCCAAAUGUCACAGACAGCAGAAAAUGCCAUGGCUGUGGCCAUGAUGGUUAACACCAUGGUGGGUGGCAUAUCUGUGCCGGCCCGGGACCCACAGACCAGUACUAGUGCAGCCAGCAGUGCCGGACCACCAAUAGACCAGCCUGUUCUAGUAGGGGAUAGCACGGCCAAAGACACCAAAAAGCCAAUCAGCUGUUAUGAAGAGAGACUUUUGGAGAUAGAGGAGGAAAAGUUAUUAGUCAUGAAGCGUGCGCUUCACGUUUUCGAAUUAUUUGUCUUUAAUCAAAAAGAGGUUUAAAAUUGUUACUUUGUUUGUUUUGCAAAUUCCAUGUUAAUUUUGUUCUUAUUCAUGAUAACUUUACCUUUCAGUAUUCAAAAAGAUUAUAUCAUUGUGCAUUUUGGAACUAAGGAAAUUAGGUUUCCCAGAAAUCUAAUAUGAAUAUGUCGUUAUUAAAAAUGAAUUGACUAUGCAUGAGCGUUCCACGGGACUCCCCCCCCCCCCCAGUCAGGUUUGGAUUAAAUAUGUGGCCUGCUUCUGAAUAGAACAAAUUACAAAUUCAGGAGAUAAACUCUUCCCAUAUACUAUACUGUAAAUUAACUGCAUCUAAAGAUAACAAUGUUAUGAGGCCAAUCUUAAGGAUAUCUUACACACUUCAUUGAAAGAGGGCCUUGAAUAUGAUGUCACAUUCAUAUACAAAUUUAUAAAACAAUAUGACUAUUGGCAGGUCAGCAGAACAUGCCCUAGCCCGGCGAUUCCGUGAAAUUUGAAUUUUGGCUUGGUGCUACCUUAGCAAUUAAUCCCCCCCCCCCCCCCGGUUGAAUGCAGUACUGAAUUGAUUAAGAUUCUCAAUGCAAACAGAAGAUUACUACCACUUGAGUUAUAUAGUACAAGUAUACUUCAACAAUAUUGUCACAACUAAAUAGUGCAGUAAUAAAAAGAAUUUAUGUGUCAACUUAUAGAUGACCCAAAAUGGUGUUUUAAAGCAGGGGAAGUCCACCCUAAAAAUAAGUAUGUUUGAAUGAUAUAAAAUAUAGAUAAACAAUAAGGUCAGUGACAGUGAAUGUUGAAAAAGAUUCUUGGUAACAGUAUAUAGAAGUCUUCAUCAUAAAAAUCUAGUGGAAAUAAUUGGCAAUAAUAGUGUUUCUGAUGGCUAAGCCGUUGUCUACAAUGUGGUCGUCCCUGUCUGGUUCGUGUUCAUGUUGUUCAAUACCAAAGUCUACUUCAUCAGGCUGCUUCAAAUCUUUAGCCACAUUGUGCAAUACGGCGCAUGCAGUGAUGAUCUUGCACGCUCUUCUGGGUGCCAUUUGCAUACCAUUCAGUAAGCACCUGAAUUUGUGCUUUAGUUGGCCGUUGACUUGUUCGAUUCUCACUCUCGUUGUAGCAUGUGCUCUGCAGAGUAAAGGAAUUGAAGUAUAACAAAUUAAAAACAAAGAAUUAUUGGGAAGUCUAUUAGACUAUGAAAAUACAUGUACAUCUAACUACAGUGCUAUACAUCUAACCUAUACAUUGUCAAAAGGAAGUAAGUCACAUAUAUGAGUAAUUUUCUUUUUUACCUGUAGCUCUUCUGGGCCAAAUGGUAUUCAUGAACACUCAUCCUGCUAAUUAAGAGAUGUGAUUGGCAAAUUGACAUCAUGGUAUUGCUUUGAUGUCUAAAAUGGCAUACAUUCAUUCACUUUCUUUUUUAAUUGUAGAUACAAAUAUGCAUUGAAAUGUUUCUUGUAGUACAUACCUAUUGUAAGCCUGUUCUGCAGGAGUCCUUGGAUUUAGCACUGGUGUCAUCAGGUAUGGUCUUAAAGCGUAACCCGAAUCUCCAAGAAGUAGACCAUGCUGUUGUAGAUCUUCAAAAGUCUGUCCAACUCUGCUGUUCUGUAUAAAGGAAGAAUCAUUAUAAGAAUGAACAUAAUAUGGUAGAAUAGGUGCCCCUUGACCUUUGAUAUUUAUUGCAUUCUCUUGCAUAUACACAUUUUGAAAAAUUAUUAAAAAUUGUAAGAUCUUAGCUUCACAAUUAUUUUGUAGCAUUUGUAACAAACAUUUGACAUCAAUUUCAAAGAUUAACAUGUAUGUCAAUAUAUGUUUUCAUGGAGGCAUUAAAAACAAAAGUGGGUUACAUAGGAAAUGUUAGAAUCAAAAUAUUAUGGAUUUACCUGAAAUAUCCUGCUGUCGUGAGUGCUGCCUGGCCAGCGUGCCAAAAUGUUUAUGAUCUUGUAAUUGGUAUCACAAAUUAUUUGGGUGUUGAUGGAGUAAUAUCCUUUUCUGUUCAUAUAGACGUGCUCACCAGGGCCCAAGGGAGCUCCAUUUAGUCUAAUGUGUGUUCCGUCGACCACUCCUAUGACCUGGGGAAAGCCUGAUAUGUUGAAGAAAUCCACUUGGGCUCUGUUGACUUCUUCCAUUGUCGUUGGAAACUUGAUUAUCUGAAGUGUGAAUUGGAGAUGCAGAAAGAAAACAAAAAUCAAUAAUUCCAUGUUGCAGAUCUUCAUAUGUUAUGUAUACAAUACAAGUCUAAUUCAUGUGCAAACUUUUGAAAUGUAAUUUGACGUAUAUUUUAUUCAUCGUCAUUAUAUUUAUACAGCUAUGCUGAAAUUCACCAGUAUUUAUUAUUAUAGACAGAAACGAUGUUAUAUCAAGAAAUGUAAUCUUUAUCACAUUGUAAAUUAUAUGAAUAAAUAUUUAUCUCCUACGAAUACAUUUAAUAUUCAGA